CAUGAUGAUUAUCCGGCACCUUGAUCAGUUUUGCUGUCCACCUGACUUCCACACUGUGAGCCGGGUGUGGAUAUCCGAGAGCAAACAAGAGUCCAACUGACCUCUUCAGUGUCCUGCUGCUAAAUGAGUAUCUGAAUACUCAGGGUGGUGGUAAAGAAGCGAGAAUCCAAAAUUCAACUCGCGUUUUCUAAACAUCAUGUGUGGCCUUUCUCGGCUACCGUACACAGCUCAUCUACACGUGUGACUGUCAACAGGGUAUCAACAUGAGUGACAGCGACGACGACAUUCCCCAGUUGUCUGCGGCCACCCUGGCUGCUCUGCAGGAGUUCUACGAUGAGCAGAAUACGGGCCAGCAACAAGCGGAGGAUAUUUACUCUGUCGGAGCCGUGGAAGAGAACUGGAAUAUGAGUCAGUUUUGGUAUAAUGAAGAGACAGCCACGAGACUUGCAGAGGAAGCCAUACAACAGGCUGGGAAAGGAGGCAGGAUAGCGUGUCUAAGUUGUCCCAGUGUGUACCAGCGCCUGAAGAAGGGCGACCUGCCUGGCGUUGGUGAUGUGUCGGCCGUGGUGCUGGAGUUCGACCGCCGCUUUACGGUCUACGGUGAGGAGUUUGUCUUCUACGACUACAACGAGCCUCUGGCGCUGCCCGACAGCCUGGCAUCCCCACACAGCUUCGACUUUGUGCUCGCCGACCCCCCCUACCUGUCGGAGGAGUGCCUCGGCAAGGUGGCCAUCACCGUCAAGCACCUGGCCAAGGAGAAGGUCCUGCUCUGCACAGGAGCCAUCAUGGAGGAACAUGCAAAGAAUCUCAUGGACCUGAAGAUCUGCAACUUCCUUCCAAAGCACAGUCAUAAUCUGGCAAAUGAAUUUCGCUGUUACGCAAACUACCAGUCCCAGCUCCUGUCAUAACACUAGCUUUGGGCUUCUUGGCGAAAUUACAACAAUGCAUUCUGGUUAGAACAUUUGCAGCCUGCUGCUGCAUGCACUAUCAUGAACGUGACCUGUAUUCGCACUCAAUGAGGUUCGAAGAUGACAAUGAAUGAACUGGUAUGUUACCUCAAACAGGUGAAUUUGUAAAUACAUUUUUUUUUAAAUAUCAUGGACUAUUUGCAAUUAUUAUUAAUAUUAUCUUUGCUGAAACUGUUUUGGGUUGUAUUAUUAUGCACAGUGCAUCAAUAAUAAUAAACAAAUACAGUAUA